GCAUGUGUACUAGUAUUAUCUUGUAGCGUGCGGUAAUAAUCGCGUCACCGACCGCAGGUCAUUAUCAUGCGAGUGACUAAUAUAUAUAUUAUAAUUGCAUUAUAUUAUAUCAUGUUAUAUAUCAAUUAUAUCUCAUUAAUGAUUGAGUCCGCGUCAAACUCGUCUUUUGGUCUUCAACACACCUACGAGUGUUAUUAUUAUUAAUAUUAUUAUUUUAUUUAUAUUACAGAAUAUAAUACAAAAAGAAACAGCAUUGUUUAUGUACGAGACAUUGACGAGCUGCAAGUAUCAGGCUUAUUCGAAAUUUUUGUUUUUGACGUAAAAUAUUCUACCCGCCCUGUUGAUUGAUCCUGUAAACUCUCGGGACGAGCACAGUGGAUCAAUGUUGCGCAUGCUGGCGCAUGUGAGAUGACGACACGUGAAAUGCUGCGUUCUGUCAUCUCCGCGUCCCGUUUCUCCUUAUCGUCAUACUUGUCCAGAAUCAGUCAGGCAAGGACAGUUGAGCGCGUGCACUCGCAAAAUGAAGGAUCACGACGGAACGGCCCACCAAAGAAAGCCUACGAAACUCAGGAAUCUGACGGACAAGACGGAGGCAUUUGAUUCCUUGCACGUGAAAAAUGCUGAGAGAACUCUUUGCUCGGGUCAAGUAUGUCUCGGUAGUGUGAUGCAGCUACCGACUCACGGAACUGAAGCACGCACGAAGGAAGAAAUAUUAAUUCACGCGAAAGAUUUCCUGGAGCAAUAUUUUACUUCUAUCAGAAGGUUGAACAGUGAUGCUCAUCGUACCCGUUGGGAGAGCGUUCAGAGAGAAGUAAUGUCUACCGGUACUUAUCAAUUAACGGAGACUGAAUUGGUUUUUGGCGCAAAAUUAGCGUGGCGAAACGCCGCGAGGUGCAUCGGUCGUAUACAAUGGUCGAAAUUACAGGUUUUCGAUUGUCGUUACGUUACAACUACGAGUGGUAUGUUCGAGGCUUUAUGCAAUCAUGUAAAAUACAGCACAAAUAAAGGAAACAUCAGGUCAGCAAUAACAAUAUUCCCGCAACGUACUGACGGAAAACAUGACUAUAGAGUGUGGAAUCAGCAAUUAAUUAAUUAUGCGGGAUACAAAAAUCCAGAUGGGACCAUUCUUGGUGAUCCUGCCAGUGUGGAAUUUACAGAGGUCUGCAUGAAGCUAGGAUGGAAAGGAGCGCGAACCAGAUUCGAUAUAUUGCCGUUGGUUUUAUCCGCCAAUGGACACGAUCCAGAUUAUUUCGAUAUUCCCAGUGAUCUAGUGCUCGAAGUACCUCUCAAUCAUCCUACGUACGAUUGGUUUGAAAAAUUGAAUCUCAAAUGGUUUGCCGUUCCGGCUGUGUCCGGAAUGGUUUUCGAUUGUGGAGGUCUAGUAUUCACUGCAGCACCUUUUAACGGCUGGUACAUGAGCACUGAAAUUGGCUCCAGAGAUUUAUGUGAUACACAAAGAUACAAUAUGCUUGAGACAAUAGCGACAAAUAUGGGUUUAGAUACAAGGACAUCUACAUCUUUGUGGAAGGAUAAAGCAAUGAUAGAAGCUAAUGUCGCAGUGCUACAUAGUUUUCAGAUGAAGAAUGUAACGAUCGUAGAUCAUCAUACAGCUUCAGAAUCUUUCAUGAAACAUUAUGAAAACGAAAUGCGUCUUCGAAAUGGUUGUCCCGCGGAUUGGCUAUGGAUUGUGCCGCCAAUAUCUGGAUCCGCAACAGCGGUGUUUCAUCAGGAAAUGGCACUUUAUCAUUUAAAGCCCUCUUACGAUGCUCAGGAUCCAGCAUGGAAAACUCACAUAUGGAAGAAGGGGCGCGACAAGAAAGCAAUAACCAAAAAACCAAGGCGCAAGUUUCAUUUUAAGCAAAUUGCGAGAGCCGUAAAAUUUACAUCUAAGCUGUUUGGACGAGCAUUAUCGCGUCGAAUAAAAGCAACAGUGUUGUUCGCUACGGAAACUGGUACAUCCCAAAUGUAUGCGGAAAAGCUAGGCGAAUUAUUAGGCCACGCUUUUCAUUCUCAGGUACUUUCAAUGGCGGAAUAUGACAUCAGUAACAUAGAACACGAGGCUCUACUGCUAGUGAUAACUUCUACUUUCGGAAACGGUGAUCCGCCAGAAAACGGAGAAGUUUUUGCACAAAACUUAUAUGCGAUGAAAAUGAACGACGCUUAUAUAAAUAGCGAAAAUAAAAUAAGUUUGGCGACCUCGAAAUCAUUUAUCAAGGCUAACAGUCAAACGGAAGUGAGUGGAUCAAAAAAAUUGGAUAGAUUGGAUUCCUUACGUGGCUCCACGACGGAAUCACAAGCGGAAGAUACUUUUGGGCCUCUUAGUAAUGUUCGGUUUGCGGUAUUUGCAUUGGGCUCGUCCGCAUAUCCGAAUUUUUGUGCGUUCGGCCGUUAUGUAGACAACUUGCUCGGCGAAUUAGGCGGAGAACGAUUGGCGCGCUUGGCUCAGGGUGAUGAGAUGUGUGGACAGGAACAGACUUUUCGGAAGUGGGCAGCUGAUACUUUCGCGGUUGCGUGCGAAACUUUCUGCUUAGAUGAUGACGACACAUUACUAGAAGUAGCCUUGUCUUUAGGUUCCGAAGCGUUGUCCGCGGCAACUGUCCGAUUUGUGGAAAUUGAACCUCAACCAAUUGUCAAAGCAUUAAGCAAAUGUCACAACAGAAAUGUAACAAUGUGCAAUAUGCUUCGAAGAAGUAACAUAAGUGGUGACGAAUCAAGCGGGACGACAUUGCUUCUGGAACUGGACGAUAUAUUGGGCUUAGAUAUCUCUUACAAACCUGGCGAUCAUUUGGGAGUAUUCGCGUGCAAUCGAACGGAACUCGUAGAGAGAAUAUUGCAACGUGUACAGUCUACUUUUGACGUCGAUACAUCGAUUGAAUUACAAAUGCAAAAACAAGCACAUACUCCCAACGGUAUCGUAAAAACGUGGAUACCUCAUGACAGAUAUCUACCGAAUUCCUUCAGAAUGCUGUUGACUCGAUUUUUGGACAUUACGAUACCGCCUACGCCAAAUCUGUUAAGAUACUUCGCUUCGAUAGCUACAAGCGCAAAAGAACGGGCACAACUUGAUCUUCUGGCCUCUGAUCCGGCAGCUUAUGAAGAUUGGAGACAUUGGAAGUUUCCUAAUUUAGCCGAAGUUUUGGAUGAAUUUCCAUCCGUGACUCCAUUCGCUCCAUUGCUCCUGCUUCACCUAACACCCUUACAACCUAGAUUCUACAGCAUCUCGUCAUCUCCGUGCGUGCAUCGAGGACAAAUACAUCUGACAGUCGCAGUGGUGCAGUAUCAAACGCAAGGCGGCUCUGGACCAGUUCAUUUCGGUGUUUGCUCUAAUUAUCUACGAGAAAUAUCUGAAGGUGAACUGCUAUAUGUAUUUGUGCGGAGCGCGCCGAAUUUCUACAUGCCAACGGAGACUAAAGCACCGAUGAUAUUAGUGGGACCAGGUACUGGGAUUGCUCCUUUUCGAGGCUUCUGGCAUCACCGGCUUGCCCAAAUGAAACUUCAGCCGGACCAAGCAUUUGGCAAAGUUUGGCUGUUCUUCGGUUGCCGCCAAAGGAAUUUGGAUCUAUAUAGACAAGAAAAGAAAGAAAUGUUGGAAUCUGGUGUUCUGAACAACGUAUUCUUAGCGCUAUCCCGAGAACCUGGUUUCAAAAAGACCUAUGUGCAAGAUUUGAUCCAAGCAGAAGCUCUUCAGAUUUACACAAUGGUAGUGUAUGAGCACGGUCAUUUUUACGUCUGCGGGGAUUGCACAAUGGCAGAGGACGUUUAUCAGACCUUGAAACACAUUAUACAAACGCACGGCCAAAUGACGGACAAAGAAGUCGAAGCAUAUAUGUUAUCACUCAGGGAUGAGAAUCGUUACCAUGAAGAUAUAUUCGGUAUAACGUUACGCACAGCUGAGGUACACAAUCGAUCGCGGGAGACGGCCAGAAUUCGAAUGGCCGCCGAACCAUGAAAAUGUUAGACUGAUAAAGUGUAGUCCAAGCGAUUCGCACUUUUGGAGGGUUGCUAUCGUACUAAUAAUUGUGACAUCAUAUCAUCAUGUGCGGGAAACUCCUUUUAUUUACAAGUAGUGUGACUGAUCUUUCAAUUUUUAGAAGACGUUUCGUCUGCUUUUUUUCGUAGAUCCGUACAUAUCAUUAGUUAUAUGAAAUAUUUCACUGACUACAUGUUCGCUGCACGUAGUAACGCAAUACAGACAAGUAUAUAGAAAUUGUUAAUUCUACCUGGUUCUGCUUAAACAUAAAGAGACCGUUCAGCUAAGACUCGGUUGCUGUUUCUGGCUGACAUUGGCCAAUAAUUUCUUGAUUUCUGCUAUCGCUCUGCCAGGGUUCAGACCCUGUACAAAAUAUUAACGCUUUGAUUUAUAACUUAACGUUUCAAUCUUCGAAAUAGCUUUGAAAGAAUGAAAUCGCUGCUACAAUUUUCCGAAUAAUCUAGCGACUGUUUCGCGAAUAAAUCUCUUAAGAAUUGCAAUGCACAAUUUCCCAGUCUAACUACCAGAUUUUACAAAUGAUUCCAUUAUAUUAUAAUCAUAAUAUUAUCUUAUAUCGAGUUUUUCUCCGAGAUGCUUACAAUUUUACAAAAUAUAUAAACACACAAUUGUAUACCUGAAAAAUAGUAAUCAAAACUAAAACAGGAAAUAAACGAAAUAUGCGUUAAUUUGAUUGAUAAAGUAAAAAAGAGUUCUGAAACGAAAAAAAGUCAUUGAUAAUCUGGAAGUUAGACAGGUCCACGUUCGAUUAGUAGACUGUUCGUCACAAUUACGCGAUGUUUUCUAUAAAAAAUUUAUUCGCAAAGUUACGAAAAUUUAUCGCAAAUACAAUAUAUAUAUAUAUGUGUAUAUAUAUAUAUAUAUAUAUAUAUAUAUAUAUAUAUAUAUAAUAUACUAACAAAUAUAGAGUAUACUUUGAAUGUUUACGAAUACGAAUAAUUUCAGAUAAACUCUCUUGAAUACGAGCAUAUACUAAGCUAUUUACUGAGAGUGAUACAAACAAAACGAAAAAAGAAAAAAAGAAAUUGCUGUUGUAUAUUAUAAUGAUUUAUUAAAGUAGAGCAGGAACUUACCUUUGGACAAGUACGUGUGCAAUUCAUGAUCGUAUGACAGCGAAAGACUGAAAAUGGAUCUUUCAAUUUCUCCAGACGCUCCUUUGCCUGAGUAUCACGCGAAUCAAUAAUCCAUCUGUAAGCCUAAAAAAUACGAUAAUAGUUGAGAGACUUAGAAAGAAAAAUUACGAUAUAAGUGAGAAUUCUAUGAAAAUAAGUUGUAUAAUCAAUCAAAGUUAUAUAUAUUUUUUGUUAAUACGAAAAGUACUUUACUGUCAAGUAUAGUAUGUACUGUUAUAAAUACUUUUUAUAGGUACAUAUAUUUUAUAGAUAUUUAAAGAUACAAAUAUAUAUCAUCUAUUCCGGAAAAAAAAUUCAUGUACUUCAAUUUGUGUUUCGCUCGUUCUUAAAGAAUCUCUCACUUAUACUGCUUCUCUCUUGUUAUUGUAGCGACCAAUUAUUCUAUUGUGCGAUACUGUGUCUAGAACAAUGUGUAGUAUUACAAUGUGACGUGCUUACUUGCAUAAGUACUGCAGGGCCUAAAUACUUAUCACCAUUCCACCAGUAGGACGGGCAAGAGGUACUGCAGCAAGCACAGAGAAUACACUCGUAGAGACCAUCCUAUUUUCGUAAAUAUUAAAUUAUUAUUUAGUUUUAAGCAAAAGUAAUAUGAUUGUAAUUAAAACAAAAAUAAGAUUUAAUAAAUAUGGCGAUGUACUCAAUCAUCACAUUUACCAGCUUUUUUCGGUCUUCUACACUUUGCAAAUAUUGUUGCUUGCCCAUUUCCUUUGUGUCUUGAUGCUGCAGCCAAGGUUGUAUACUGCGAUACUGAGUGUAAAAAUUAUUUAAAUCUGGUACCAAAUCCUUGACGAUAUACAUGUGUGGUAAGGGAUAAACCUCACAUGAUGUACUUGUGCUUGUAUCAAUUUUGCUGAAACACAUUAUUUCAUUAAUCAAUAUAUAUCAACAUAUUUAUUAUUCAAUGUGAAUAAUAUAUAUAAACAUGGAUAAAAUUUUAAUUUAUAUCCUAGACAUAUGACAUGUGUGAAAAUAGAAUUAUAAAUUAUAUCUACAA